GGGCCAUUCUCCUUACGGGCUCGUACUGGGGCAGGUAACUUCUGAAGUAUUUUGUGAUUUUUUAUUAAUGGUGUCUUUCUUGAGUGAUUUUUUUUACGCCAGAAGUUUGUUUUGACAAUCAGUGAUGUAAUAACAUAAAUAUCUGCAUGUUUCGUGUUGAUAAAAUUGAGUUUUAUCACUUUUCGCAUAAGGUUGUUAAACGACUUUUUAAAGUUAAUUUUCAUUUUAGGAGUAGUAGCGCUAACAUUUUUUAUCCAUCCAAAAAUGUGCUGUUUUGUUAAAAUUUACUUUUAUAGAUUUUGAUUUCAGUAACACCGUACCUAUGUUGCAAAUGCCUAAAAGAAGUCUAUGUGACUUAGUUUUAGAUACUAUUGACAUUAUAAGCGCUAGAAAAAAUCGUCCGAAUCUUGUUAGAAUUUAUAGACAUUUACAUCGUUUGUAUGAUCUAAGUUUAUCAACUUGUGAAUCUCUUCUGCAGUCAUUAUUGAAGGAAGGAAGAGUGAUUCGUGUAACUUAUAAGGGAAAUAUAAGUUACCGCAAUGCCUUGAAGUGGAAGAAAUAUUCAUACUAUAUGAAAAAGACUAUGGGAUCAGAAUUGCCUGGAACAAUAUUAACUAAAGCAAUAUCUGAACUUGUAGUUCAAGAACCUGACUACUUAAAUAUGGGUGUGCCAUGUAAAAUUCUUGAAGAACAUUUAUUAUCAAUGAAAGAUUAUAAUAUUAGUAAAGAAACUAUUCACAAUUUACUUCAACGUGAACUUAAACAUGAAAGUCUUUUACAACUUGAUAACGGUAAUUAUUUUCUUGGUCCCAAACCACCUGAUACUCCCCUAUUUGAAGGUGAAGAAGUAGAUUUAAAAUUCGACAAAGUAAAAAAGGUGAAGACAUAUAAACAUGAAAUCAAACGAUUGAAGGAUAAGGCUAUUGAAAACAUGAAUUCUUCUAAUUUUAUUCUUCAAAACAACAAUGUUCCAGAAUCGUAUAAAGAAUUAUCUGAUUUAGAAGUUAAUCAUUCAGACAUAGCUACUGAUUUGAAAGGGUUAGACAAUCAAACUGCUAUUGAUGAGAUAUCCUGUAUUGAUAGCAAACAAAAUAGAAUAGUUAUUGAUGAUAAUUCUUCUAAUCAAACAAUUACAAAAACAGGAACAGAAUCAGUGCAGUUUGAAGACUGUAGAAUGACAACUUCAGAAAAUGGUAUUACCUCAAAUGAAGAAACUCAUUGUUCAACAAAGAAAUUACCUAAAGAAUUGCAAUUCAGGCCAUUAGAAGAGUUAGUUGAAAGAGAAUUGAGUAGUUCACAAGUGAUGGAUUCAGAACCUAGUGAUUUAAAUGAUAGUGAUAAGGACCCUGUUAAAAGGCAGUGCUCUAACUUAGGUAGUGAGGAAAGAUUGAGUCUUGAAAGUUCUGAUGAUUCUUUUUCAUUAAGUGUGAGUGACGCUGAAACAACUAGUAAUUUUAAUUUGGAAAGAAAUCUUUCUUGUGAUGUAACUGAGUCAAGUAAGGAUGCAAAGUUAAAAAAGUCAAAAUAUAAACCAUCAAGCUCACAAGAUGAAUAUGAAAUAAACAGUGAAGAUAUGAGUUAUUCAAAACACAAAAGUUCUUCAUGUAAAGUUGAUUCAGAUUCAAAUGAUCAGAAAAAUGGUAUUUCAGUUGAUAAAAUAAAAAAUAAAGACAAAUCUUUUCCACCUGUUGUUGAAAGAGUUCAAAGAAAAAAGAGGACAAAAUACGAUGCAUCUGAAUAUUAUUUUCCAUCGUUGAAAAGAAAAACUCGGGAAUCUACCUCAGAUAAUGAUAAAAAAGAGGAUAAACGCCGCAAGAAAAGGAAAAAGGAUGGAGUGGGAUGUUUAUCUGGUAUUUUUGCCAAACGUGUAAUGUUCCCUGGUAAUACAAGUAUGUGCUGUGAAUGUAACUGUUACAUUUCCAAAGUAAAGUUGGAUCCAAUGAUAUUCUGCACUACAUGUGCUAAUCAAGGUCAUCAAAGUUGUGCUUUGAAAACGAUGAGUGGUAAAGAUUGGUUCUGUGUUGGUUGUAGAACUGAGGCUACUUUACCUACCUGCACAGUAUGCAACAAAAUGGCUGACCAAGAAGAUAGAGGUAUUCUACAUUCCUGUACUCGUUGUGGAGAUAGAUAUCAUAAAGAAUGUCAUUCUCUGGCUAUUAAAGUACCUUUACCUAAUGAAUGGCAUUGUUUUAAAUGCUUAAUUGUUGAAACUAAAGGAAUGGAUGAAUCAUCAAAAAAUGAUGAAAAAACUGAUUCAGACAGUUGUGGAAAUCAAGAAUUUAAAAAUGAAAAUAAGCCCAGUAACACUCAGUUUCUUAAAGAAGAACCUCCAGAUUCAAGAAAUUGGUCUUCUGAAGAUGUAUAUAAUUAUUUUAAGGAGUACUUAGAUGAAGAAGCUGCUAAUGCUUUCAUGGAACAGGACAUAGAUGGCUAUGCACUGAAGUUAAUGGGACGAAGCGAUGUAUUGAAUCUUGGCCUUAAACUUGGACCUAGUCUCAAAGUGCUGUUUCAUGUCCGAAGAUUACAGCUUCGUUCUAAUAGGCUCAUGGAAAUUUGGAACAACUAAGGCUGACUGCUCAACCUUUAACUUUUUUUGUGAUAUUUAAUUUUAAUUCAGUGAUAUUUAUUAUUAAAUGUUGGAUUAGUCGUUAAUAACUAAACAAAUAAAGAAGUAAUUUUAUUUUUUA